CAGUGAAGGGAUUGUCAGAGAGGGGUGGAGGACACUGAAUGGAGGCCAGUUAAGGGAUUGGCAGAGAGGGGUGGAGGACACUGAGCGGAGGCCAGUGAAGGGAUUGGCAGAGAGGGGUGGAAGACACUGAGUGGAGGCCAGUUGAAGGAUUGGCAGAGGGGGGUGGAGGACACAGAGUGGAGGCCAGUGGAGGGAUUGGCAGAGAGGGGUGGAGGACACUGAAUGGAAGCCAGUGGAGGGAUUGGCAGAGAGGGGUGGAGGACACUGAAUGGAGGCCAGUGGAGGGAUUGGCAGAGAGGGGUGGAGGACACUGAGUGGAGGCCAGUGGAGGGAUUGGCAGAGAGGGGGGGGAGGACACUGAGUGGAGGGACUGGCAGAGAG